CGCGAUAACACUAUGAAGCGCAUCUCCCUCCUCGGAUUGUGUCUCCUACUUGCAGUCGCUGCGUCUGCUUGGAAUCCGUACCCUGCUACACGGCAUUUCUUUCAGAGAGUCUUGUCACAUAAGAAUCCAUCAUCCUCCCAAAUCCCUCAAUUUAUCCUGGACACAAAUCACCCCUGGCUCAGAGCAAACGAAGCCUGGCUCUCUCGCUACCCAAACAUCAGUCAAGAACUGUGUUCUCCAGACUCCAUCCUCUGGACAACACCACUUUCCACCCAUGCACCCCCCGCGGAUCUUUUCACCAACCUCUCUAUCAAAAGAAAUGUCAUAGGUGGUAUCUAUCGGCCAAGCCUAUAUGUAGGCUGGUCCCAUGCCUAUCACCGGCUGCAGGAAAUGGCCGCCUGUAAGGUUGCUCUAAUGUCCGUACGGAACCUACAUGUCGACCUAUAUGUCGAUGACGACAAGUAUACAAUACCAUCACCCGCGCUCACAGAAUUAUUCGCCGAUGACCUCGCCCAGAUGACCAAUCUGGAGACGCUCGACUGGGGCAUCAGCAGCGAGGCAACGCGAGAAUUCGAGCCCGCUUUUGUAGCGAAGGGGUUAAUGCUCCCGAGUGUCAAGCAUCUGCUACCAGGUGCCGGAAGUGAUUACCUCGUCUCAAGAUGCCCUAACUUGGAGGUAAUCGAGGCGGGUGGCUAUUAUCGUCACAGAAGCUGGCAUUACCCGUCUCCAUCUCGCAAGGUCCACCUUGUCGCACUGAUUACAGCGUCGACGGGCCUGGAGCAUCUUAAGCAGUGGCAUCUUUCGAUGUUGUGGGACGACUGGACGACAGAUAUGGUAAUGGCUAUCCUUGACGCGACACCAAAUAUCACGGGAUUGCACAUGGAAGGCAGAUUGAAACGAGUUGCUUCAGAUUAUGACUAUGUGUCGGGUGGAACACAUGGCAUAGAUCCAUACUUUGCAAAUGCCAAUGCACAAACACAAACACUGAAGAGAUAUGUCCAGCUCAUCAGCCAGUUUCCGAACUUGGAAAGAUUGAGCCUGCCUGCUUCCCAUGAACUAGACCUGGGUUUCGAUGGAGGGCCUUGGUGCGGGAACGCAUACGACGGCCCGGACGGUAGAGAAGUUGACCGAUGGGUCAGACAGGACGGCGCAGAGACAGCCGAGCUUGCAGCUAACAUCACCUUGGCUGCACUUCCUUAUCUGAAGAGCUUGACUGUUGGCAUCGAUCAUGGCAACGUCACCGUCAACGACCGUGGGCAACCGGAGGUGGCUUGGCCGUGGACGGGGAGGAUGGAGCAAUGGGCCUACGGGGACUGAUGAAAUUUGGGUUAGUCAACAACGGCAGUGCCCAGGUGGGUGUAGGGGGCUCACGGGGGGCUCACGUUGACGUGCCGAUUGCCGAAUUGCUCGCUCAGACACGGCCAAGUCGGAAGCAGAAAAGAGCCACAGACGCCACCGAUAUUACCUAAGCGCUCCCCCUUUUAACAGCAUCGAUGAUUUACGGCAGCACGCUUUUGCCACACACAUUGUUCAACAAGACUGGUGUUCUCGAGAGAUAUUGGGUUGGUAAAUAAUUGAUUGGUUCAAUUGGACUUUUAUUUUCCUAGGCCAAGUCAUGUUUAGAAACCAAUGUUGCUUGGGGGCUUGUUACACGUGGCUUGUCUCUUGCUUCUUGGCAGCGUGCAGCGUCGGCCAUGAAGCGUACGAAAGAUGUGUUUCGGUUGGAAAGAAUUUGACAUAGCACAAAGGCCUGUGGGGACAGGAUUCCGACACUCUUACGUCACAAACCCCUUAUCAUGGUUAUGUAAGAAAAU